UCGUUUAGUUGUCAGCUGUUCGUUCGACCAGCUAGUAGCGGGUAGCUAGUACGAGGACCUCAAGAGAUACUCGGUAACGAUCGGUACGCGUACAAAAUUUGUAAUGUUCUAGUUCUACGCAGAAGAACAAGUGACCUUCACGCGUGGUUUUUGAUCGGUCAAGAAACGGUCGAUCUGGUGCGUUCACUUUUGCUUUCGAUCGCGAGGUCGUUUUGGUAUCGCCCACAGAAUUCAGAUGUUUCAUUCAUAAACCGUGUUGAGAAAGAAAGAACCAGGGAACAGAACACAGAAGAGAGAAAAAAUGCAGUUCUGCAAAUCCAGCUUUGUGAAUGUGACACUGAUAUGAGGGGAAGAUUUUGGGAUUCUGCGCACAAUGCGCAACGUAUCAUAUGAUGGAUGUGGUAGAUUCUUGAUAUCUAGUCAAUAGAAUCCAAAAACGAGUUUGUUGUGACCGUCGUUAGUUAGCUGAAGGCUGUGUUUUGUGAAUUCAUUACAAUAUUUUGUGGUUGAAAAUAAGUUGACAUUGGUCGGCAGUAGAACAGCUUUUCAAACGAGUCGGGUGAGAUUGAUAAGGUGAUAAAACCUCAAAACAGAAAAAAAUUGUAUCUACAAGCAAAAACCAUAUGAAAUUCUUCAGGACACAAACAACUGAUGGUAGAUAGUACUGCUAUUUUCCUGUUGCGGUGAUGAAGUUCUAAUCCCUCAGUUGAUCCGAAAAUGGCUCCCACCGAAAAUGAAACCCGUUACAACUCGGACAACCUUUCCCUGGAGCCGAAGCCAUCUUCAAAGGAGACCGACGAUCUUGAUCUCGAAGGACAACCGCUGGCAGCAGAAAUCGAGGAUACCGGUCAACCUGUAUCUAUACCCAAGGACAUCUCCUGGCGCGAUGGAUUACCUCAAGUUCUCGCAGCUGUUUUGGUGAAUCUUCUGGUCAUACAGGCCGGUAUUAAUAUGACCUAUUCGGCUAUCCUGUUGCCGCAGCUCUCAACUCCGGAGAGUCCUAUCCAGAUCGAUCGGAACGAAGCAUCCUGGAUAGCCAGUGUCGUAACUAUAGCUCUACCCUUGGGAUCCCUAGUCGUAGGACAGUUGAUGGAUCAAUAUGGGCGAAAAAAGGUCGCACUGGUCACAUGCGUACCGUUUGCGUUGGGUUGGGUCCUCAUUGCUAUGGCUCAGAACGUUAACAUGAUUUAUGUGGCCCGGAUAAUUCUUGGCAGUUCCGGGGGUCUGACGACCGUGGCCCUAGUGUACGUGAGUGAAAUCUCGCAUGUUUCCAUGAGGGCGAUGCUUCUCUGCUUGAAUAGCGUAUUCGUUUCGCUUGGGAUUUUGUUGACCUGUGUGCUAGCACUGAUUUUCGACUGGCGACAAAUCGCGAUCAUCUAUACCGUAUUUUCGGUGGCUACCUUCUUUUUAGUCCUGUUGAUUCCAGAAUCUCCCCAUUGGAUGCUCACGUUUACCAAAAAAGAUACCUCCGAAGUGCGGACUGUUAUGAGCUGGGUUUACCGGAAUAAAACCCUCGCCGAUCAACAGUACCGCCAGUUGAUCGCAACCGAACGUAGUCCACAUCGAAGUCCGGUUGAAAAGGGUUCAACCGCCGGAUCGACCUCGGUUGCCGUAACCGCAAAACAGGCCAGCUUCUCGCUAAAAACGUACCUUCAUCCCAGGGUUUAUCGACCACUUUCGGUGCUUCUGCUGCUGUUUCUGUUCCAACAACUUUCGGGAGCUUACGUGCUCAUCUUCUAUGCCUUGAACGUGUUCAUGGAAAUCGGAGGCUCACGAGCGCAGAGCUUCAACGAGUACAACGCACUGGUGUUCUUAGGGUUGAUACGGUUCGUCAUGUCGAUCCUGACGUCUGGAUUUUCCCGGAAGUACGGCCGUCGACCGUUGCUUUUGAUCUCAGCCUGCCUAAUGGGUUCAUUUUCCGUGGUAGCAGCAUUGUACCUGGACUUCGUUCGGAAGGCAGGUCGUGAAAGUUACCCCACCUACGGUAGUUACUUUCUUCUUGCCUGUGUGCUAGGCUACGUUUGCUUCAGCGCCUUGGGAUACCUCGUGCUCCCGUGGACCAUGAUCGGGGAGGUUCUUCCCACCGACGUUAAGGGUAAACUGGGAGGUUUCGUCGUAUCCGUAGCCUACGUGCUGAUGUUUGCGGUGGUCAAAGUUUUUCCCUACCUUCUGGAGCUGGUAUCCAUCGAGGGUAUUUUCUACGUGUACGGCAUCACUAGCUUUGCCGGAAUGAUCUACAUCUACGGCUGGGUUCCGGAGACCUUCGGCAAAAGUUUCCAGGAAAUAGAGCAGCAUUUUGCCAAAGAUGAUUGACAAGGGGCUUAGACUAUCAUUAUGAACUAGGAAUCUUUGAAGACUACACUGGAUCAAGUGUUGCCACUAUUACAAUGGUUAAUUGUAAUAAACUAACAAAUAAGAGUAUUAGAGUAAGGUACUUAACUGUUUCCCUUUGGGGAAUAUCCCUUUUCAAUAAGACAAAAGAUACGAUUGUCCAUUGAUUCGACCUAAAGUUACCAUAAGCUUAGUGAAAGUAAUGUUCAAAUACGUGAUGUCUUCCAAAUCGCAAACAUAUACAAUAAAUCGAAGCAUUAGUAUGUAAUUAACCAUACCAAAUCAUGAAAACGUAAGAUUACCUUUAGGAUAAUUGAUUACUUUUACUUAUAAACUUUGUGAGGGAGGCUUAUCAUCAUAUCACAUUUUUGUUGUUAGCCUCACCAAUUUUUAGCAGCUGGCAACUUCAGAGGGUGCGUUUAUGGAUAUCAGAUGGAACAAUUUUUCCAGGUUUCGUCUUCGAAUGACGAAGAUGUGUGGAUCCCACGUUUGUACGAGGCUUUGGUUUUAUACAUGAUAUAGUGAAAAUAUACAGUUAUUAAAUGAU